AUGUCAAAUGACCUGGAUAAUGAUGCUGAAUACAUGGCUGAUGAACAUGAAGCAGAAGAUGUAGAAAAUAAUAUUUGUGAUGAGUUACAUGGUAGAGAUUUAGGUGGUUCAGACUCGGAAAUUGAUGAACAUGAUGAUAUGAAUUAUAAGUUGGGAGAUACAUAUGCUGCUCAGGUAAGAAAAGGGAAGGACAUUCAAGGUAUUCCAUGGGAGAGGCUCAGUAUUACUAGGGAACAGUAUAGACAAACUAGGCUAGAACAAUACAAGAAUUACGAAAAUGUCCCUCUAUCUGGACAGAGUUCACAGAAGCAAUGCAAAGUUACAAACAAAGGAGGCUCCUUUUAUGAAUUUAGAUCCAAUUCAAGAUCCGUGAAGUCGACAAUUCUUCAUUUUCAGUUGAGGAACCUGGUAUGGGCUACAACAAAGCAUGAUGUGUACUAUAUGUCCCAUUUCUCUGUCCUUCGUUGGUCUUCCUUAACUUGUAAGAAAUCAUCAGUUCUUAAUUUAGCAGGACACGUGGCACCACGUGAGAAACACCCUGGAAGCCUUCUGGAGGGAUUUACUGAAACUCAAGUUAGUACACUUGCAGUAAAAGAUAAUUUAUUAAUUGCUGGUGGAUUCCAGGGAGAGAUUAUAUGCAAGUAUUUGGAUCGACCUGGAGUUUGCUACUGUUCGAGGACAAGUUAUGAUGAUAAUGCCAUCACUAAUGCUGUAGACAUUUAUACAACUCCUAGUGGUGCAGUUCGUUUUGCAGCCUCGAAUAAUGAUUGUGGGGUCCGGGAUUUUGAUAUGGAAAAGUUUGAGAUGUCUAAGCACUUCCAGUUUCCUUGGCCUGUGAAUCAUACAUCAGUCAGCCCUGAUGGCAAGCUUUUUGUAAUCGUGGGAGACAAUCCUGAAGGAAUUUUGUUCGAUUCCACCUCCGGAAAGAGGGUUGCAGCUUUGAAAGGACACCUGGAUUUCUCAUUUGCAUCAGCAUGGCAUCCAGACGGCAACACAUUUGCCACAGGCAACCAAGACAAAACAUGCCGGGUGUGGGAUGUACGACACCUGUCCGAAUCAAUAGCCACUCUCAAGGCCAACUUGGGGGCAAUUCGGUCAAUUCGCUACUCAUCCGAUGGCCAAUCAUGGCUAUGCUAUGCCGAACCAGCUGAUUUUGUCCAUGUUUUUGAUGUCAAAAAUGGAUACCAAAAACAACAAGAAAUCGAUUUUUUUGGUGAAAUAUCGGGCGCGUGUUUUAGUCCCGACACCGAAUCGCUUUUUAUUGGCGUGUGGGACCGGACUUAUGGGAGUCUUCUAGAAUACGGAAGAAGGCGUAACUACUCGUAUAUUGAUUGCUUAAUUUGA